GGUAAUAGCCUGCUAAUUUAAUAUGAAGAAAUGGUGUUACCAACCGGCUGAAGAACUUUAAGAAGAUGGCGGACAAAUCCAAAGGACGGAAAGAGUCAAACCCAGAAUGGAACGAAAUAUAUAAAAGACGCGCCGAACGUCAUGAUCAGAUAGAACGUGGAGCUGAUGCAAGACACACAAAGGUCAACAACAGACGUGUCGGUGGUAUCUUAACCAGCAACAAAUGCAUUGGAACGCAGACCGACUCAAACCCUAUUUCAAAGGAAAACCUUGAUAUAAUUGCUGAAGAGAUGGCUCUUGCAGCGCAUGAAUCCAUUCAUUCAGAUUGGGAAUUUCGAAGAAGGUUGAGCGAUGGAAGAAUUCGCGACCACUACGUUUCUUUAAUAAGAAAGAUUUACGAGUCUACUCAAACAAAAACUGGUGCAAACAUUAUAUCAUCCGUUAAAAAUGAUUUGCAUUACAUCCUGCACAAGAAUGCUGCUGAUUGUGGCUUCAAUAUUGAUGAACUUGGUGAAGAGUUUACAGAAUUAACAAAGAUGUUUGAAGCCGAAUUGUGUAACAACGCAGAAAUGAUGUCUAACGGACCAGACCCAUUUUGUGCACAGCCAGCUGUGAAUGCCAAACUUAUGACUGGAUUGAUGCCACGAACCGAGAAUAAUCAGGGCGCUACUGUUCUUGUUAAAAAGUCUUCUGUUAUACCAAGACACACUCGCAGUAGAUAUACGCAGACCGUGCCUUCAGCUCAGUAUGACACAUCCGAAAAAUCACUAAAGGCAAUUGGCCGACGACUAUGCGAACAGAUAGUUCACCCUUUAGUAAAAACAAAAGAUGCGGACAAGAAUGAGUUUUCCAGCGACGAUGAGUUCCUAACAAUGUUAUCAUUGGGAGAUAUUGUGGGAUUUCUUCAAACGUUUUCGAACAAAGUCUUAGCUGAUUUAAUAAAUUGUUAUACACUACGGUCUGCACAAGGGGAUGCUGACAGUUUGGGUACACCUCGUUCAUCUUCAGAAGUGGACACAGAGAAAACGAGCACAAUCGACGGAACGAGAAAUCAGUCCAAGAUACCGGAAGCACUGAAAACUAUCGCAGAGGAAAUAGCCCAAGUGUUGGAUUUUUAUACAGAUACAGACCACGUUGCGCUGAUGAACAUGCGUCAUUUUCCAGGAUGUGAUCAACAUAACGAAAAAUUGAUCAAAUUGAUGUGCAUUUCGCCAGCAGAUUGUUCUGUUAUGGAGAUCGAUGUGGACCAAAACACGGAAUGUGGCGAUAACGAACAAAACAAUCAAGACAUGCCAACAACAUGUACUCUUUCAACGUUAAUCAGAGACCAUCUCGAUAAGAGAAAAUUGCGUUAUGGUAACCACACUACUUAUAAAGUUUCGGAGAGAAACUUUUCGCCGUCCACGUUCGAAGCACAUCACAAGUAUGAAAGCGUCUCCUUAGCGACAAGUGUUUGCAUGUCGUGUAUCGGUUACGGGUCGGAUAUUAGAAAAGAACGGAUUGACUGGUAUAGAAAAGUUGGUAUUAGAUUCACUGCAGUUGGGUUUGGCACUUUUUCGAAUUUGAUAGUGGGAAGCAAAGCAGAGGGAUUAACCCGCUUCUAUGAAAGUGAUUUUGACGUUAUUUGCUUAUUAAAUCAUUUAAUAUGCAUAGAGAAUGACAAUGACGCAAGCGGCAUAGACAAAAGUAUUACAUUGCUUAUAAUCGAAACAGAUGACCGUUGUCCCGGGUAUUGUAGACUAGUACAAAAAACAUCUGAUACAUAUUAUGCGUUAAGUCUUAGUCGCGCCUUUUUGAAGGAUGAAACUGGCAGACUUUUUUUGUCAAGUGAUGCAUUUCUAAAGCUAACUGGAGGGUGGCUUUUUAGUUUGCCAGGCUUAAAACACUUUCCACGCGCGGGUCCUUCAUUGCCAACUUUCAGGACGAAUUUGCAUUGUGAUCGUGUAAUCGCAUUGCGCUGUCACUUCCCAAGCAUCUUAAACCGAUGGGCUAAAAGACCUCGACAUUGGCCGCCGCCGGAUGUUGUCCAAAAAGUCGUAUCCUUAGAAGCAUUUGCGGCUCCAGUAGGAUUCAAAGAGAGUAAAAGUAAUCACCUACAAUGGAGGAUAUGCUUUAACAGAGCGGAGACAGAGCUGAUUAUCAAUUUGAAUGACGCGCAGACUAAACUAUAUGUUCUUCUGAAAAUGGUCGUGAAAGAUAUUCUCAAACCUCGAAGGAAAGAAAUCACGUCGUAUACGGCAAAGAACAUAGUAUUGUGGCUGGCAGAGAAGAACCAACAACCAUUGUUCCACGACAAAAGUUUGCUUCACUGGUUGCACAAAGGUCUAGAAGAAUUAAGAACGGCAAUAGCUACAAAGAAUCUUGCAUAUUUUAUGAUACCUGAGCGAAACCUGAUGUCAGCUAGUGGACUAGAAAAUAAACAGCAGCGUCUAUGGGUUGAUACACUGACGGCCAUGAUGGAUGAAGGACCGAUGGUGAUACUAAGAUUUCAGAAGAUAAGGCAAGCAAUUUUAUCCUACCCUGAGCCACUUCUCUGGUACAGCAAAAUCAGAACGGAGUUAGAGAUGGUUUGGUUUGCUAUAUUGAAAUGUAGUGCAACGUUGUUCGAAUUAAAGCCACUUACUGACUCAACAUUGGAUGAGUUAAUGAGUCGCCAGUCGGAGAUAAUAGAAGAAAUCCACAAGCGUCUGAAUAAGGAGGGAAUUUGGUUUUAUGAUACUUGGGAUUUAAUGAUCAGAAUGAUGAGCUAGUGUCAAUGCGCACAUAUUUGUCACGUUUAGUGAAAUUUUCGUAACAAUAUUGAUCGCAUAGUUUUACUUUAUACACAUUAAUAACGAUAUAACUUAGCAUUUCUAAAGGUAAUAGUAAAUUUCAAAAUGCGCUACCAAAUUACCGGAAAUAAACUUAGUUAAGUAUGUCAUCGAAUAUAAAACGUAUGUUAUAUGCAUAUAACUAAAGUUAUUUCCUGUUAUAAAAAGUUUGUACUUCCUAACCACUAAAAUCAAAUUAUGACAAGUAUUAUACUAUUUAAUAACUUCAAAAUGAUUGAUAUAUGUUUGCGCAAAAUAGUCAUAGUGUGUCAUUCCUAUUGAAAUCAAACUCGAUUGGAGUCAUCUACGUAGACUGACGGUUAGUUAAGGCACAUGAUUUCCAAAAUUGAAGAUUGUUGCGUCUUUCAAUGAUGAAGUUAUCUUUUGAAUUAUGCAGUGUGGCCAAUAAAAAAUAAUCUAACUGCGUUUUUUUGUAGUCUUCAAAAACUAUAAUUGAGACGAUACGAGUGUUACACAGUUGCCUUAGAAACUUAGAACAAGAAAGCUAGGUCGACAAUGUCAGUUUAAAAAAAAUCUAUCUACGACUUCAAGAUUGCAAUAGUUUACAUUUUGUAUUUAAUUUUAAAAAGUAUAAAACUUUAUCCAUUUACAUGUACAUGUACGCCUUACUGUUUCAUUUUUAUAUGUGUAACCGCAUCAGUUCUCAGGGACACGAUAAAACCAGUGGUAGGGUACAACUCCCUCGAAAUGAAUUAGGCAAUUAUCAUAAAGUUAAUAUGUACUGCCAAACAUAGAGUUGCCGCACGUUUUCAGCAUACUUUACACCCAGAUAAUCACAUACACAGAUACAACAUCAACGAUAUAUUACUUAACAGAAAAACUUAAUUCAGUUUAUAUUUUAUAUUUAAAAUUUGUGUUUAAUAAUUUGUGAUUAAUUAUUCUAAAUUAUUAUUUUAAAUACAACAAGAGACAUAUGUUGUUAUUUUAUUUAAAUAUAAAAGCAUUGCAGAUGCUCUUUGAGGGUUAAUCCAAUAAAUCGGAACAUAUAAGUUAUUCUUACAUAUUGCUUUAACUUGAAAACAUGUUACUUUAAAAGUGUAUAAACGGGGUUCAGUUUAUUGUUAUAGUAUGAUCUCAACUCUUUAUUGCUUUACCUGUGGCUUGUGAUUGUACCACCCUGCUGUAUACACUGCCCUGAGGAUGUACUGUAUCAGUGUGGUUUGUAAUUAUAAUAGACCGAUGUCUGAUUGGAUUGUAAGUGCAUGUUUGUUCUGACUAUUCUGUUAGUCUUGCUGUUGAUUAUUUUUGCACAGUUAUACCGUAAACCUAGCUGCUUGUGUAUUGAUUUGAUGUGUAAGCCCCAUUUCGUUUGUUGUUUGUUUCUUUCGUUCCGCGUCAUUGAGCAGGUAUGCAUAUGUUAUGUUUAUUAGGCGAGCAUUUGUUUAUUAAAGCAAUAUUUAAAUAUGAUAACUGUACGUAAAACAUAUAUAGGGUAUCUUCCUAAUUCGCCAUUCAUUUUUGAAAGAUUUGUUUAUUGGUUGACACAUAGAUGUUUUAAAAUUGUGCGCAAAUAAUUUCUCUUUUUUUUCAUUAAUCAAGUCCCCAGAUUUCAGCAGCCUAGUGACAAACAGGGGUUACUACUUUUGCAAGGAGAUAACACUUUUAUUUAGUUGAGAAUUUUAAUUGGUUUACCACAGAUAAAGUCGAUUAAGUGCUACAUGUGCCGUGUUCUGAAAUAGAUUUUUGUUUGUUUUAUACAAGUUUCCGUUUGUAUAUAAAGUGAUAACUAAAUAUUUGAAUCAUCGUACGAUUUCGAACGGUUCACUAUAUAAAUUAUAGCUUAAACUUAUGGGUCGGUUAUUGUUAUUGAAAAUUACAUUUUUUUAACUUAUUUGGAUUAAUAGUUUGAAUCUAUUAAAUUUAUUUUCAAUGUAAUUUAAUAUAAAUUGGACGAAUUCGGACGAAGUUAAAAAUAUUUUCGACGUAAUACAAAAAGUUGAAUGUUAUAUCAUUAAUCGAUAUGAUUCCUUUCCUAUUAGACUUAAUAGUUUCAAUAAUAUCAUUAACAAACAAGAUAUCCGGAUUUAGCAAAGGUCACCAUGUUUUACCUCAGAAUAUGUAUUGAUAUAUUUUAAUGUUUUAAUGGUAGUUGUAAUAAUUACUUAAUUAAUAUUUAGACUAAAAUAUAAAAUCAAAUCGAAUAUUUUAACAAAAUUUUCCGUUAGUAAACUAAACUCUGUCAAUCAUAUUCCCUUGACAUGCUAUUAAAUUAAAAUAUUUGCUAUGUUUAUAUGGCAAUGUACUGAUUGUAUUCGCUUUUCAAAUUGUCUGUAUGUCUGUCUGUUUGUCUGGUUGUCUUCAGAUGUUUGGAUGUUUAAUCUGACUGCUACUUUUACCGAUUAAUACAUGACAUUAAGUGCGGAAACCAUUUUAGAGCUUAUUUGUGCAAAAAUAAACUUUGUACAGAAGUGAACGACUCAAGCAGUCAUAUCAUUAAGCAUAAUUUAAGUGAUAAUGCACGAUUUUGUCAAAUAUUUAUGAAUUUAUAUAACAAGUGUAAAAAAAAGUAUAAAUAUAUUUCAAUAUAAAUUAAAAGAAAAGUUAAGAAGAACAUGUGUCGAAAAUGCGAAAUAAGCCAGAUAUAUAAUUCUGAAAUAGAAAAUGUUUGUACAGUCGAAUUCGCCAGCAUGUAUAUCAUGCAUAUACGAUGUGAAUUUAAAUUUAGUUGUACGGAUAAUUUUAAUUUCCUGCAACGAUAUCUAUUCAAACGACACACGAACACUAUCACCGAACCUUAUAAAAAAGACGAAUGCUUCGGUUAUUGUAGGACAAUAUGUACGAAAUAUCUUCGUCACAAUUUGCUCGGGGCGCUAAUUGUCUUUGCUGCAUUUUAUGAAAUUCGUCUUUAAUUUAUAAUUGUUCUUGCCUAUUUUGUGUUAUUGUUACAUAUUUCUAUCAAAAUAAAACAUUUAACACAUAUAAACCUAGUGCAGUCUCCCUUUAAUGCAAAUUCAAUGAAGAUUUUUACCAUAGUUAAAAACCUUGUUGAUUAUACCGUUCAGCAUAAAGAUACAGUCGUCUGUGCUCUUUCUUAUGUGAUUUUUCGGUAAUUGGCGAACUUGAUUGUUCAUUAUCAGUUUGUUGUGUAUUUGUAUUAUUUUAAUGUAUUUGAUUGUGUAUAUUAUCAAAUGAAUCAUUUACAAUUAAGUCUUUACUAUGACUGAACAUUUCACUAUUUUUUAACUGUGUUUGUUUCUUAUAGCAGUUUUAAAGUUUGCCAAAACGUUUUAACUGUGGAAAUGUUACAUAGCCGUAUAAUUUUAUUAAUCUUAUAACUGUAUUUUGCUUUUGUCGAAAAGCGUUGUAUUUUGUUAAAUAAUGUAUAUAGUGGUGUGUAUUUUGUUAGAUUGAUUAUUGUUUAAGUCAUUUUUUAUUCAUUACGGGAGUUGAAUAGUGCUAGGUUUUUUUCUUCAAGUUUUAUCCCACCAUUCUGGCACUUUGAGAUGCGAUGCCAUUCCUAAUUGCUUCAGAUUUGUCGGGACAUGAAAAUCAAAACUUGACGAAAUGCUUAAUUAUUUCAGUAAUUUCGCGAAAUUACUAAAAAUGGUGGCACAAUUUUGCAGAGUCUGAAAAGAAGAUUAUUCAGGAAUUUUAUUAAAUAUCAUUGUUUGUUUUAAUGAUUGUUACAAUGAUACAAUUGUAAACAUAAAUUGAUAUGUUGGAUUAUUGUUUUGUUUACAAAAAAGAUCUUAUUAUUGUUAAUAUAUGGAAGAGUCACGAGAACUGGGCUUCAUGCCAUGUGCGGCCAGCGAAGCUCCAGACCAGCCUGUGCAAUGUGUGGUCUCGUUGGCGGACAGGGUAACACCUGACGAGACUGCGUGAACACGCAGGCUUAUCUGUAGCUUUGCUGGCCGCAUAUGGCAUAAGGCCCGUUUCCGCAUAACGCGCGUCAUAUUGUUCCGUCUCUAUAUGUGACGUAAUAGGUCUUUUAAAAUGUGUUAAGUGUGCGUAAGGAAGAAUGCCCAAGUUCACAAAUUGAGUGAAGGAAUCGCUUUAUUUUUUCGAAUUUAAUGAACUAAAAAAUUUCAGUUUGACAGGAUGUGAUACAAAUAUCUCUUGUCUACUUCUUAUUGAGUAACAUUUAAUAGACGUAGACCUUUUUAAAUUAUGGGUCUAGAUCAAAUACCGACUGGUGCAUGUUUUAAUUGCAAUAAACACGCUGUCAUCAUGGGGAGUUAAUGGAGAAGGAUGAUUAAUGAAUUAAACUGCACGUUGACAUUUAAGAUUUUUGUGUUUGAUCUGGUCGAAUAUCAUAUAAAGUAUUCGUAUAAUAAAUAAUCAUAUAAUUUUUAUUUCAUGCCCAUUUUCUUCAUACCAUACUUUUCAUCAACAUGUUGAAUAAGCAUUUAUUAACACCGCUAUAACACAUCUUAUGUAUGUUGUUUGACUUUGUAUUUUCAAUAAAAUUGACUUGAAUUGAUUCUUAAACAUGUAUGAUGUAAAAAGCAAAUAAUAAGCAUCAUGUUGAAUAGAAGCACUUUAGUACUUGCUACAUUUUAUACAUUUUGAUGAAGGAUGAAGGACAAUUCUUUCAAGCAUUUUUUUAAAUUAUCCAUAAAGUAUAUGUUUGUGGACGCGGUUUUUCACUCCCUUAUAAAUCGCAUCUCGAUAAUUUAAAAUAGGGGUCAUCGUGGAUUUCUUUUUUAGAUAAUGAAAUUCUUUUAAUACCCUAAAAAUCGACAUUUUAGUAAAUAAAUUGAUGUUUGAAAUUGUUUGGAAAUUGUAUAAUCAUAAGCCAUUCAUUUAUUAUUUACCGAAUAAACAAGAGAUAUAUUCAUUGUAUUACAAUGAAGAAAAUACGAAACAAACCAAAAGACAGAUGAUAUGUUUAGGGGUUAUACAAAUGAAAAUGUUUGAUAUUUAGACAUUUUGUUGCAUUUGAUAAUAAGCAGACAUGCAAAACACAUACAUAUUUUUGUGGAUUAUAAUUUCCAAACGCGCUUUAACUUAUAAUACAAUGAAGACAACUACAUGAGCAUACAAUGAAGAUAAAAAAAAUUAUAAGUUACCGUGGACUAUCUUUUUUGAAACAGUUAUUUUAAAAAUUAACUUAAUCAUGAAAAAUUACCGAAACAUCAUGUUAACAGUAUUCUUCAACAAUUGGUGAUUUACAAUAAUAAUUUGCUUUAUUAUAUGAGAAAAAGCAUCAACAAUUGCAUGAUAAUAACAUCUUGUUGUGUUUCUAUAGGAAAUCAUAUAUGCAUAUAUUGGUAUUUGACCACCCCACCAACUAUUUAACCAAUUUAUAUUGAGUUGAUGUAUUUAAAUGCUAUAAAUCAAUGUGACAUACAGCACAUAU